ACUGAUAAUAUGAACUAAUCUUUGCAAUUUAUUAUUAAAUUAUAUCAGCUCUGUGACUAACACAAUGCCUUGAGAACAACACAGGGAAAUACUUUAUUACCGUUUCUACCGAGAAUCGGCGUUACCUGUCGCGUGACGUAAAAUCGUUCGACGUCGAAAUUGGGAAUUCCUGUAUCUCACGAUUAAUGAUCUAGAAGGAGAUCGAAUGACGAGAAUACGUAUUCCUGGAAGUAUAAGUUCUCUCAUGGUCAAACUACCUCGGAGGAAUCAGCAAAUGCACCGUCAAAUAUAAGAAGAGAUGAGAAAAAUAUUAUUAUCAACUGUUACCGAAAAGAAAAAUAUUCAACCGGUCAACAAAAGGAGCAUCGGUCACGAUUGAAAAUCAUGCAUUCUCAUUAAGUGGAAGAAUUUUCCUGGUAGCCCCUACUCCCACGACCUUUCCUUCUUUUCUUCUUUAAUUUGCAAGACUUAUUGAACUCGCAAUCAGCAGAGGGCAGCAGUUAGUACAGCGAAGACGAUCGCGCGAGAUCCUCAUCCGCGGUAGCAGCAAAUGUAUAAACAGUUUUCAAAACUGGUUUAUCCGCUUCGUCGCUGGAUUCGAAAAAUCGUAUGAGCGCGACACUGUUGUGCCUCGAAACAGGAUUUCCUUGUUUUUCGUCGUAAAGAUUUAAAUGAGGAAGAGAGAAGCGACAGACUACCUCUGAAUUUUAUUCAAGAAAGACAGUACAGGUGAACCGCGCUUGAAAGCAACAUGAUUCGUCGCACGCUACUGUUUUUGCUUUUGGUUUUGCACGAGAUCAGUUCACAAGAUCGAUGUACCACACCUGAGAGCAAAGCUGGCACGUGCAUUAAUAUACGAGAGUGUGAAACGUUGGUAGAAAUUCUGAAACAACGAAAACCAUUAACCAGAGAAUUUCUGGAUUACCUGAAUAGUCUACAAUGCGGCUUCGAGGGCACGAAUCCGAAGGUGUGCUGCGAACUCCAGCAGAGUUUACCGCCGACACCGUUGAGCACUACGGAAACACCAGACGGGUCAACCACGGUUCCCGAUCCCCCGGACGUCUCUGGACAUGUGAAUUUACGGUUGUUGAAUAACGACGAGUGCGGACCGGUCACGCAACAGAAAAUCGUCGGCGGUAAUAAAACCGGCGUGUUUGAUUAUCCGUGGAUGGCGUUACUGUUUUACAACACCGGUAGACCGAUUCCAGAAUACCGAUGCGGUGGAUCCCUGAUUACCAAACGAUACGUCCUCACCGCUGCUCAUUGCGUUACCUUGUUACCUCCUAAUCUGACGUUGGUCGGAGUGCGAUUAGGAGAACACAAUUUGGCCACGCAACGUGAUUGCGACAGGGAAGCGGACGGUCUCGAAGUGGUUUGCGCCGAAAGGUAUCAAGACUUUGGUAUAGAAAGCACCCAUUCUCAUCCAGAGUACUCGAGAGAAAAAUUACACAACGAUAUCGCUUUGAUACGAUUGAAUGCGGACGCUGAUUUUCGACCGCAAAAUGUUCGACCGAUCUGCAUGCCGUUUGGAUCAGCCGCCACUUUGAGCAAGAGAAAAGUGACAGUAACGGGUUGGGGCGCCACAGACCUUGGACCACGCAGUCAAGAGUUGCUGCAGGUUCAAUUAUCACUGGUUAAUACGGAAGAGUGUGCAAACAUUUAUAAGAGAAAGACGCAAAUCUGGUAUAAACAAAUGUGUGCUGGUGGUAAAAGAGGAAUGGAUUCUUGCUCGGGAGACAGCGGUGGACCGCUUCAGGCUCCUGAAAUAUAUAACGGCAAUGUAAAAUAUGUACAGUACGGAAUUGUUAGCUUUGGGCCAAAUAAUUGUGGUACAGAAGGAGCUCCCGGUGUUUAUACCAGGGUUACAUAUUACAUGGACUGGAUCCUAAGCAUCAUUAAGGAGUAAAGUAACAUACGCGAAUUAAAUUAUUGAUAAAGUUGCAUUUAUACAGCUGAUAACUUACCGCUGAACCUUCGUUUUUUUAACGCAAUCAGUGUAUUGCACUAGAAGCAGCAUUCUACUUUAUCUUUGAAUUUUUUUACUUGCAGUAAUAGAUAUGUUACGAUUAUACAUGAUUGUAUAUAUGUAUAUGCACAUGUUGAUCGCAUACACGAUUCAACAUGUUUCACACGAACCAGUUUUUUAACUAACAAUAUUCCAAUGAAUUUUCACGAAUUGAAUUUCUAUUUUUAAUACAUGUAUAGAAUUAAAUAUAAAGUUUAGAAACUUACAGGUACUAGA